CUUUGCGAUGAAUAUUCAAGAAUUUUUAGGGUGUUAUUAUUAUCCAGCGUGAAGUACUGCAAUUUGAUACACUUCCUUUUUUUUAAAUUAAGUACUCUGCUUGCUCUGAAAUAAUCUUCGAAGUUUUUUUGUGAAUUUAAAGCGAUUUUCAACGACGAUGGCUCCUGUUGACGGCUCGGCUCAAAACGUGUCUCCGGGUUUUGCCUUCAAGUUGGUCUGCGAAGGCCAAGCGAACGGCCUGGUGGACGUGAAGAAGUACCGCUCUGCCAGAACCGGACUGACCGUGGUGCUGGCGGACGUCGACGGCCCCGUCGUCAACGGCUACUUUUGCCUUGCCACUGAGGCGCACGAUGAUGACGGCCUGCCACAUACCCUGGAGCACCUCAUCUUCCUGGGCAGCGAGCAGUACCCUUACAAGGGUGUCCUUGACCUGUUGGCCAACCGCUGCCUCGCCUCUGGCACCAACGCUUGGACGGAUACCGACCACACUUGCUACACGAUGACCACUGUCGGAUCGGAAGGGUUCCUCAGUUUGAUGCCCAUUUACUUGGAUCACAUCUUGUACCCAACAUUAUCAGAUGAGGGUUUCAUAACGGAAGUGCAUCACAUCAGUGGUGACGGCCAGGACAACGGCGUUGUCUACUGCGAGAUGCAGGGGCGAGAAAACUCUGGAGAGUCUCUUUGCCACCUUAACAUGCUGCGCGCCCUUUUCCCAAACUGCGGUUACUGCUCAGAGACUGGCGGGAUCAUGAAAAAUCUCCGCACCUCUACUGACAACAUCAAAGUGAGGAAAUUCCACAAGGACUUUUACCGACCAGAGAAUUUGACUCUCAUCGUCACCGGCAAAGUCAAGGCCGAACAGGUUUUCUCAGCCCUCAGUGACAUGGAGGAAAAAAUUUGCUCCAAGGGAGACAGAGGUGCUUUUACUCGUCCUUGGCAGUCUGAAGUGCAGCCUUUGGCAAAGUCCGUAGAGCAACUGGUGCCUUAUCCCUGUGACGAGGAGGAUUGCGGCAUGGUGAGCAUUGCCUGGAGGGGGCCCUCUGCAGUCACCGACCUUGUCAAUGUUGCCGCCUGUUCUAUCAUCAUGAAAUAUCUCACUGACACAGCUGUGAGUCCGCUGCAGAGGGACUUGGUUGAAAUCAAGGAUCCCUACGCCAGCAGGGUUUGCUACUCAAUGAUUGAAAACUCAAUCGCUGCACUUUUCAUCAUUUUUGAAAAUGUCCCUAUUGACAAGGUGGACAAGGUCAAGGGCAAAGUUGAUGAGAUUUUGGAGCAAAUUAUCUCAGGAAAGGAGGCUAUCGAUGCUACUCGCCUUUGUUCCGUCAUCAACCGCCAGAUUUUGGAAACCCUGAGUCACCUUGAAACAAACCCUCAUGACACCAUAGCAUUCAUGGCCAUUGGAGACAUGCUCUAUGGGCAAAAUCAGAAAGACUUCCAGCAGCGCUUGAACACUGUUCAAGACCUCAGGAAGCUGCUUGAGGAGCCCAACUCCUUCUGGAUUGAUUUACUGAGAAAGUAUUUUGGUGCUGACGCUCCGAGCGUUCUGAUCAAAGGCCGUCCCAGCAUUGAGCUGCAAGUAAAAAUGGCCGAGGAGGAAGAAGAGCGAGUGAAGCAGCAGUGUGCUCUGCUGGGAGAGAGUGGACUCAAAGGCAAGGCUGAUGCCCUUAUGGCUGCCAUUGAGCACAAUGAGCGUCCCCCUCCGGAUGAAAUGCUGACUUCAGUGCCUAUCCCUGGAACAGGAGGAAUUAAUUUCCACACAAUCGAGAGCUUCACCUCCAACAACACUGAAGUUUCCCACCCCAACUUCUCAGACAUCACCUCUCCUGGAGUCACUACCUAUCUUCUCAACAUCAAAUCAAACUUCGUCUACAUGUUUGCUCUGAUGGACACAAAUUCCCUGCCAGCCAAUCUGAGGAGCUACCUGCCUUUGCUCUUGGAAACCAUUAUUGAAAGUCCGGUCGAGAGAGACGGGGUUGUUGUCCCAUAUGAGACCAUUGUCUCCGAACUGGAGUCUGACACAAUUUCAGCGUCAACCAGGGUUGGCUUGGAAGUUUGUUCUAGAUUCUCAUGUGGACCUUUUGGACAGACUGCUUUGCUUCUCCUUCAGUUGGAGCCUGGCAAGUACGCUCGCUGUGUGAAAUGGAUGCAGGAAAUUCUGUAUGGCACUCAACUCACUACGGAGCGUCUGUCAGUGGUGGCGACCAAAAUGAUCAAUGACGUUGCCCAAGCCAAACGAAAUGGAAACGGAAUCGCCAUCGACAUUCUCAAAUCAAUGCUUUUCUGCAAAGAGAGUAACCAGUACUGUUCAAGCAUGCUGAGGCAGCACCGAGUCUUGACCGAACUGAGUUCGGCCUUGGAGGCUGGAGGUGACGGAGCAAAGAAAAUCCUAGAGCAGCUCAAUCAGUUGAGAGAGGAAAUAACAAAACCCGAGAAUUUGUCAGUCAUGGUUGCAGCUAACUUUGAGGCUCUUGAGCAGGCAGACCAGCCGUGGAAAGAAUUUCUUCCUUCUCGACUUGAGGCAUCCUUGAAACCUUUGCAUGUGACUUGUGACGCCGAGUUGAUAUCCGAGUGCCAGGGCCAGAGGGGCAGCAUUGUGGGCCUCGGGUGUGUGGAGUCAUCCUUCCUGAAGCACUGCUGCCCCGGCCUCAAAGGCUACAAACACGAAGACCUGCCCGCCCUGCUUGUCUUCACUCAGUACCUGACCCAGUUGGAGGGCCCUCUGUGGAAGCAGGUGCGCGGCCAGGGACUCGCUUACGGCUACAACAUGUUCCCUCAGCCCAACGAGGGCCGUCUUUACUUCACAAUCUUCAAAGCCACCAACACGUUGGCUGCGUUUGUUGAGUCGAAAGCAAUUGUGGAGGCUCAGUUGAAACCCGAUGCUGUGUGGGAUGAGACGUUAUUUGACUCAGCUCGCAGUUCGCUUGUCUUUGAAAUCGUAGAGAGGGAGAAGAGUGUCGGAGACGCCGUGGUGCACAGCCUGCUCUCCUUUUUCAAGGGAGUGCCGCUUGACUACAACAAGGAACUUGUGCAAAAAGUGUCAAAGGUCACUACGGACGACCUGAGGCGAGUCGGAGCAAAGUAUGUCGCUCCUCUUUUUGUCCCUGGAUCUGGUCACACUUCAAUUGUUUGCCACUCAAGCAAAGUAGAGGAAAUCGCAACGGCAUUCAAUGACUUGGGCUUCUCCAUCAAAAUAUCCUCAUCGCUGGAGGAGAGUCCUUUGGCUUAAAUAUGAUAUUAACAAGAUCCUAUUAGAAGCUGCUGAUUUGGAUCUUGCAACAAAAUUAAAAUUUUUUAACAAAUAUAUUUUGCCUCAGUUUGAUUUGCAGUGUGAAUUAAAUUUGUAACUACAUAAUUAAUUCAAGUUCAAUUAAAGUCAAGCUUGGCGAGCACAUAUACAU